AAAUGUAAACAAACCCGCGGUACGGCGCGUUCUGCGGCAACAACAAAACAAUCUGAAUAAAUCCUUUUCUUUCUGCCACGUUUUGUACAUUAAGCAAACAAAAUGAACAGGAUAAAAUACAUUUGCUUAUUAAAGAUUUAUUGACACCUACUCCAAACUCUUACAAUAGCUAGAGCAUGUUAGCGUGAAACCCGGAACGCCAUAUGGGCAAUGGUGAAAAUAAAACCGCAAAAAGCUUCCAUUUUCGGGGUUAGCAACAGUUUCUGUUUUUCAGUGUUCACAGUGUUUUUGUUAUCAGUCUUUGUACUGCCUUCAGUGACUCGAGUCGUCGUUCCCGACCCAGAGUAGUGUGGUGGAUAUUGUUGAUUAAGUUUUUGUAUUUUAGUAAGGAACAAACAACCCACACAACAUGGAGGAGAACACCGAAUGUGAUAGUUUGUAUCCGCAAAUGUGCCAACCGAUCCUGACGCUGCAAGCGCUGCUCGACUUUGACAAAGGUCCGCAUCCCUGGCGAAAUCUGGUCGAACCGAUCGCACCCCGGUCCCGGUCGCGCCACCUGGGCGAACGGUACCAGGUGCUGGAUUUUUCCGCCGAACCGGUCACGUACGUGGAGAACGAAUCCCGGCCGCAGGUGUUGCUGUGCCACGACUUUAAGGGUAACUACCUGAACGACAAAUACAUCAACGGUGUGCGGGGCGAAGAGCAGUGGGUCGACUACCGGUUCUACAACUGGGCCGCGAUCGACAUCUUCUGCUACUUUAGCCACUACUUCGUCACGGUACCGACGCUCCAGUGGCUUAACUGUGCGCAUCGGAAUGGUGUGAAGGUGAUCGGUACGCUGAUCGUGGAGCAGAAGAAUGCGUACAUGCUGCGGGACAUCCUGCAGUCGGAGGAGUUUAUGGCGCGGAUCGUGGAAGCGCUCGUGACGGUGUCGAAGGUGUGCCAGUUUCAUGGCUGGCUGCUAAACAUCGAGUGCGCGCUGGAAUCGUCCAAGGUUGGGAUGCUGCGGGACUUUGUCCAGCUGCUGACGGAACGCUGCCAUGCGGAGAUACCGGGCAGUUUGGUGAUCUGGUACGAUGCGAUCGUGAAGAACGGGCGCGUCGACUGGCAGAACGAGCUGAACAGUUCGAACGAUUCGUUCUUUCUGGCGUGUGACGGUAUCUUCCUGAACUACGCCUGGAACCGGCAGAAGCUGGAACGGACGGAAAACUACAUUAUGAACUACUGUCCCGAACGGCGGCUCGAUGUGUACGUCGGGAUCGAUGUGUUUGGACGCAGCCAGAAGGCACAAAUGGACACGAACGCACCGCUGGAGCAGGUAAUGAACUUUCGAUUUUCCGUCGCACUCUUUGCACCGGGCUGGACGUUCGAAACGCUCGAAGCGUCCUCCAAGCGGGACCGGCUCGAACCGGACGACCGGAACGUACAGUUUCUGCAGAUGAACGAUCGCUUCUGGAACCGGCUGUGGCGUCACCUGUACGUUCGCGGACCGAUCCGGCUGCCGUUCUACACCUCGUUCUGUCUCGGUUCGGGUAAGUUUUACAACCGGCUCGGCAAAACGCAAUCGGACGAGUGUUGGUUUAAUCUGGCGAAGCAAAACUUUCAACCCUCGAUCCCGUACACGCCACCGCUCGAGUACGAAACGCGCAACGAUCCGCUGUCCCACUGGACGCAUCACUUUGACGGUGCGCUCGACGGUGGUUCGUGCCUGAAGCUGCGCAACGACGAGCAAGACAAGCGGCUGUUUGCGUGCGACUUCCCGUGCGCGGACGAUCUGAUCGUGUGCUACGCGCACCGGAGCAGCAACCCGGCCACGGUGGACCUGGCGCUCGUGCUGAAAGCGUACAGUUCGCGGCGGCACGAGUGUAUGCGGAUUGUGUGUGCCAAUGCUGACUGUCACGUGGGCGAUCGUAGCAAUGAAAUGCGUGCCAUACCGCUGGACAAGGAGGCAUCGCUGCAACUGCUCAAGCUAGGCGCUACAUCGCAACUUCCGCUUGCCGACACCAUUAACGGGUGGGAAAUCAGAUACUACUACUUAUCGGCCGAACAGCUUCCACCGGGCAUACGGAUUGUAGAUAUCGGCAUUAAGCUGCACAAGGAACCGGAAGCACAUGCGACCGAUUAUGCGCUGCUCGGUGCCAUAUACCUGCAGGCCGGCAUACCGACCCAUCGUGAUUAUUUGCCCCAGCGUACCGUACUGUUAUUCGACCAGCCCGAGUGAUGGGCAGUGACCUGCAAAUGCCACACUAUAAGUUACGAUUGGCAAUAAACGUAAUCAAACGCA